GUUUGAGUACCCAAAACUUCGUCUUCCCCUCGAAAUAACCCAACAAUCUGUUGACAACUAGACAGAAAACCUAACCAUGGCAUUGAUGCAAGUUCUUAACAGCACAAAGGCAAUUCCUUUUUCAAAUCCAUAUGUGUUCUCGAGGUUCUUCUCCAAGUCAAGUUCAUUUAUUGAGAAGGUUGGAAUACCAGAAUUUCUGAAUGGAGUAGGGAAUGGGGUUGAAACUCAUGUAGCAAAGCUGGAAUCUGAGAUUGGUGACUUUCAGAAACUGCUCGUCGCCCGUACUCUUAAGCUCAAGAAACUUGGAAUUCCUUGCAAACAUAGAAAGCUGAUACUGAAAUAUACACACAAAUAUAGGUUGGGUUUGUGGAGGCCGAGGGCUGAACCAUCCAAGGCCUAAUUAAUCAGUCUAGUUCUUUGGAGCUAUAGAAAGAUGUUGCUGUUAGAGCCCUUUUUUUCAUUUCUGCCUCGAGAAUGAGUACCGAAAAUUGGUGUUUUAAUCAAAUUUCUGAGUAUUUAAUUGCAGUUUGCAACUCUAGUUUCUUAAGAUAUGUCGACUGUUGA